ACGUGACAGUAUUUUAUGCCGAUACAAAAUUUAAUGAUUUGUGUCGUGUCUAAAUUCUUAUUCCGUUAGACGGUCUGUAAGCGACAUCAAGUCAAUACGCUCAAUUUGUUUUGUUUCUAGUUCCAUUAUUUUUGAUACAUACAUUUAAAAAUGACUUCAUUACCUAUUGUUUCUAUUACAAGAAGGGAAACAUUUAGUUCCUGCCACAGACUUCACAGCCCGUUCUUGAGUGACGAAGAAAACAAAAAGUUAUAUGGUAAAUGCAAUAACCCUAAUGGCCAUGGACAUAAUUAUGUUGUCUUGGUAACAGUGAAAGGACCUGUAGAUCCUCACACUGGAAUGGUAAUAAAUGUUCAUGAACUGAAACAGUAUAUGCAAGAAGCCAUAAUGGAUCCAUUGGACCAUAAGAAUCUGGAUCAAGAUGUACCAUACUUUAAAUCAGUGGUCAGCACGACUGAAAAUCUUGCUAUUUUUAUUUGGGAACAGUUGCAAAAGGUAAUGGAAAAAUCUCAGUUAUUGCACGAAGUUAAAAUAUUAGAGACUGAGAAAAAUCACGUGGUUUAUCGUGGCGGGUCUACUUACCCGCGCAAGAAAAUUGACUCGUGCAACCUACAUCCGAACCGCAAUAACCACAUGUCAUCGGACUCUGAUUAAAUAAUGUUAUGUGAUUACUAUGUAAUUGGACGACUAUGAUAAAUAUGAUAUUGUACCUACCUAUAGUUAUAUGUAUAAUAAUAAUAUGUGAUUGUUAAAAUUUACUAACAUUAUGAUGAAUUUACGAUAAAAUAAUUUAAAUAAAACAUUCCAUUUUAUACA